AAAGCCCUUAAAGUAAAGAUAAUAUCGGGACCGUACAAAGGGACCCCGGGGGAUACAAAUGUCCUAGCCCUUAAAAAGCCGGUUAUUUAUUUUAAAUGCGGGCAGUUAGGCCAUAUCGCUACAGCAUGCAAAAUACGGACGGACAACCCGAAAACCCCGUUGGCCUUAGCAAUUAUACAAAAGGCGAAAAAGAAAAGGCCCGAAGUACGGUGUUACGGGUAUAGGGAGCUAGGCCAUAUCCGGCCGGCGUGCUUUAAAAAAAGCAAAAUAUUGCUACCCAAUUCGACACCGCUGUUUGGCCGUUUAGGCACCGGGGCUUAA